AUGCCUCCAAGAGAAUCAGUACACGCCCGCCAUAUCAACUACACUAACAAAGUAACAGACGGGCGAGCUUGUAUCAAUUGCCAUCAACGCAAGGUUCGGUGCGAUAUCCUUGACAAGGGAGCCCCUUGCACAAACUGCUCAACUGGACAUCGCGAGGGAUGCUCUAUUUACGUGAAAAAACGUCAUCGGGAAAGCCAAGGUCGGAAUAGACGACUUAUGAGUAUUCAGCCACGUUCACGAACCACUGAUACGAGACCCAGCGACAAGCUCCCCGGUCUUCGCCCAAGAAGGCAGCCACUACAAGGCUCUUCAGCCGAAGUAUGCAUUGACGAGCUUCAAACAGAGGACCCAGGGAACUUCGACGAUCUUAUGAAUAAUGAAAGUAUCCAGACAAGAGAGUUUGGAGACCAAAAUAGGGUUUGCUUCCUCGGAGGGGCACUAUCCAAUUGCCAUUAUUUGAUGCGGCAAACAUAUCCUCAGCAAGUUCGCAGGAACGUUUUCCACUUCGGGGGCCGGCAGUAUAGCUACAAAGACACGUCUCAUAAUCUUCAACGCAUUCCCACAGAAGCCCUCGAGAGGCCGAAAAAGGCGCUGGCAGACAAGCUGAUCCGAGCUUACUUUGACCAGAUCAAUUGCGGAUGGCCAAUCGUAGAUGAAGAGAGCUUCAUGGCUCAGUAUGAAAAGAAUUACCCCAGUGGCCCAUUGCCUCUGACGCUCUUGAACGCAGUCCUUAUGGUCGGGGCUCAUGUGCUGGCGGACAAAGAUGACGAGAUGAAAAAUUUGCAAAGUAUCCUGUUUCACCGAGCCAAGACUCUCAUCGACUUCCGGCUAGACCAGGACCGCGUUGCGUUCGUACAGGUCGCGAUUCUCAUGACUUGGUAUUCAGACGGCUUAGAAGACAUUGUGGCAAAUACGUGGCACUGGAUUGGGAUUGCCACACGAACAGGCCUAGGGUUGGGAAUGCAUAGGAACACAUUUCAGUCAACGAUGCAGCCACAUUGGAAACGCAUAUGGACACGGCUCUGGUGGAUCCUAUUUCAAUUUGACACUCUUGCAUCAGCAUCUAUGGGAAGGCCACAGAUUUUAAACCUUGAUGACUCCGAUGUUCCUGAGCUUGCACCGGAACAUUUUAAAGGCAUCCCCAACGCAAACAUACAGUUUUCGAUUCAACAGUCCAAACUGUGCAUGAUUAUUUCACGCACAGCUAGAGACGGUUGGUCCCUUCGCUCUACCACCCAAGCCCGGAACGACGCCGUCGAGGCCGCAGAUGAGGCACUGGCCAGUUUCCUCCAUCAAUUACCGCCAGAACUCCAACUGCGGGCAACAAAUAUCACAACAUGGCAGGCUAUGCUCCAUUUAACAUACAACAAUUUCGUCAUUCUCAUUCAUCGCCCGCCGCCAAAAGGCGGCCCAGAUGUCCAAGAGGACGCCAGUUACACACGGCUUCACCUGUGCGCCGUGGCUACAGUAGCCAUCAGUUCCAUUCUUGAGUCUCUGAUUGACCAAAAUCUACUUUGCACUUUGUGGUACUCUGUCAACCAUGUCAUAUUUACUGCAAUCAUCAAUGCGAGCACAGAAAUUGCCUCAUCAAACCCGCUAACAGCGGCAGAAUCACAGCGCGUCUUUCAAUCACUUCUUACAUCAUUGCGGUCUGUUUCAAGAUACUGGCGUUAUGCACAAGGGUUGUUUCACAUGUUCCAACAGCGGGCAUUGAGGUUGAAAUCUAGGAGCAUCGUAACAAAUGACCAACCUCUUCACCAAUCACGUCAUGGCCCGGACCACUUCAUAGCCGUCGACUCAGACCCUUCGGCUCAACAAUUACUGGCUGAAUAUCGGAGCGAUAAUGAUCAAGUGACAUACUUUACUGAUUCAGCCUACGAGCAUGAUCCGUCCUGCUCGGACUACACAAGUUCUCUUCCUAUCACUGAUGAUGAGAUUGAAUGGAAUCUUUUGAGUUCAGAUGAAGGUGCCCUUUUGGAAAAUCUGUUUCCCUUUGAUUGCCCUCGGGUUGAUAAUUUUCUAAAUGAAGUUUUUAGAUAA